AUGUCUUCCUCAGCCUUUGGGGCUGUGGUGCGGUUUGAGAGCACCUCACCAAUCGCUAACCCUGCGGCCGUGGUGCGAAAGGAUAGGCAGGGUAUCGCUCGCACUCCCUCUGAAUACGACCUCGAUCAUAUGCGUGAAAGUCGCCAGUCUCAUGCGUCAGGGCCAAGCACCGGAGUUCACAUGCUUAUCACGCCAGUCACUCCCAGCGAGUUGGAAAGCCUUCCGGGCUCACCUGCAGCAGACGGUCCUAUCGAUGCUAUCGAUCCACUACCAAAUCCCACCUCAUCUGCGACAACUAGAUGGCGACUUUUGAGUGCUUGUAUGAUGAAUGUGGCCAAUGGCUUGAAUGACAGCGGCCCGGGUGCUCUGAUUCCGUACAUUGAGAAAGACUACAAUAUCGGUUACGCAGUCGUGUCACUGAUUUUUGUGACUAAUGCGCUGGGGUUCAUACUUGCUGCGCCAGUCACGCAAUUAUUUGAGGCAAAACGCGGGCGCUCAAAAUCUUACGCCUUAUCAAUGAGUUUGCUGGUUGCGGGAUAUGUGAUCAUUCUCUUCAAACCGCCAUUUCCAGCCGUCGUGGCCAGUUUCUUUCUGCUGGGAUUCGGAAUCGCGCUGAAUUUAGCCUUGAACAAUGUUUUCUGUGCGAACCUAGCGAACAGUACGACUUCUCUCGGCGCCUUGCACGGCGCCUACGGCAUUGGGGGGAUCAUGGGACCGCUAAUAGCGACGGCCAUGGUAUCCGACGGGGUUCAGUGGUCCCUCUACUACUCCAUCAACCUCGCACUAGCAGUGUUUAACUUAGCGUUUGCAAUGUGGACCUUCCGCGGGUAUGAAAAAGAGCUGCCGAUUCAACUUCUCACCGCGCUUCAGCAGACGGCUUCGCAACAGGGGCACGGUCACAACGUUGCCAGCAAAAAGCAACUAUUGAAGCAAGCAGUCAAGAAUAAAACGACGUUACUCGGAGCUCUUUUCAUCUUUGCAUACCAGGGUGCAGAGGUUUCUAUCUCAGGGUGGGUUGUCUCGUUCCUGAUCAGCUACCGUAAAGGAGAUCCCUCCCAUGUCGGCUAUGUCAGCGCCGGAUUUUGGGCGGGCAUCACCCUUGGACGCUUUGUGCUCUCGCAUCCGGCGCAUAUGGUUGGAGAAAAACUUGCGGUUAUUUUGCUGGUUGUGGGAUCUGCUGCUUUCCAGCUUAUGACGUGGCUUAUCCCAAAUGUCAUCGGGGACGCGGUUUCUGUGGCUAUUGUGGGAUUGCUGCUAGGUCCCGUCUACCCUUGUGCUACGGCGGUCUUUAGCAAGUUGCUUCCUAGAAAUAUUCAGAUCUCUAGCUUGAGCUUUAUCAGCGCUAUGGGAAGUAGUGGUGGUGCCGUUGCGCCUUUCUUCACAGGCUUGCUGGCGCAGAGUGUUGGAACAUAUGUUCUUCACCCAAUCUGCAUUGGAUUAUACGGUGUGAUGCUUGCGGGUUGGGCCUUGAUGCCUAAGGUCUCCAAGAGGUCUGAAUAA